AUGUCGUUCUUUGAUCUUGCGAAUAAUCCAACAACUGCAAUUAAAUCGAAAUCAAGUGAAGGGAGUCAAGCAAUCGAUAUUUCCAACUUUCGUCCAAAGAAUAAAAAACCCAUCGGGGUGGAUUGGGAUGUCAAUCCGGGAGAUAUACUAUCAUGGAGUGAUUACAGGGCAACCAAUGUUUAUUUUGUUACUGAUAAGAGACUUCUUCGAAAAAAUCGAGACACGUCUGGUUCUGGCUUUUUGACAAUUCCACUUUCGAUUACACGACUCUUCCCAUCUGCGCUGCAACAUUAUGCCUCAGUAUUGGAGAGUGAAUCUGACCUGAUUUCGGCAAUCGAACUUGCUCCGACGGAUGGGAUUUUUGCUGAAAAAUUCGGAUCGCCAUUGCCCGACACGAUUCGUCAAAGAACGGAUAUUUCAUUCGUAUACAAUCCAAUGGAUGAAUCACUCUAUAUAACAGUUAAUGGAGAAGAAAGUGAUGGAUAUUCCAGUACUGAAAUCAAAACAGAAGAUAUUGUAGAUUAUAUUAAUUCUGCAAACGAUAAGAAAGUAGCAUUUAUUGUCAACUAUGAUAUCAAAGGUAAAGAAUCAUGCGAAAAAUGGCCAACACUUUUACCAAAAGAUUUACCGAUAGGCUGGCGUUGUAAUCAGCAUGGUGGAACGUCGUAUGGAGAAGAUUGUAUCCAAGGUGCGUGGAGAUUUGAAGGACCAGAAAAGGCAAAAGAGAAAGCUCACGCAGUCGCAGAGCGCUUCUACGAUGGAUUUAACGUUAGUAUAACUUGGGAAACGGAGUCGAGUUGA